AUGCCCGGCCCAAUUGAUAUCACCGAGGAAUCCCUCACUGGCCUUGAAGAUAAAGUCGUUAUCAUUUCUGGCGGCUCAGCAGGAAUCGGCCUUGCAACGACCAACAUCCUCCUAAGCAAAGGGGCUAAAGUGGUCAUCGGCGAUAUCAAUGAACCACCAAAGGAAGUCUUGAACCACAGCAACAUCACCUACCUCAAGACGGACAUUACUUCAUGGAAAGACCUAUGUGCUUUGUUCAGACUGGCAAAGGACAAGCAUGGAAGAAUCGAUCACGUCUUUUGCAACGCUGGCAUCGCAGGGUCUGUAGACUACCUUGACGAAAGCGUCGAUGCAAAUGGGGACCCCGUCGAGCCUAGUCGUAAGACGUUCGAGGUUGACUUGAUGGGCACAGUCAACAUGGCCAAGCUGGGCGUCUUCUAUAUGAAGAAGCAGGAAGGCGGAGGGAGUAUAGUGCUGAAUUCAUCUGCAGCGUGCACUCAAAGGUUCCCUGUCGUUGACUACAUUGCUGCCAAAAAUGGAGUACACGGACUGCUUCGAGGACUGGUUUCCAUUCUUCACCCCAGAUUCCCCAUCCGAGUGAACGGUCUGGCUCCCGCAUGGACGGACACAGCGAUAGUAGAGCAUGACCUCGUCAAGGCGACCAACGGCGUUCUCCAGAGUCCCGAGGUGGUAGCUCGUUCUGCGGUUCUCUUGAUGGCGGAUAAGUCGAGGAACGGCCAGCUGCUCCUUUCCUCCAGGGGAAGAUGCAUGGAGAUUGAAGAGGCGUUUCUGAGCUCCAACAUCUCCAUCCUCAAGGGGCUUUUCGCUCAGUAA